AUGGAGGAGGAACCGACCGAUGGCAUCCAGCAUGGACAUAUUACUAGUCUAAGCGUGAUGAGGACUCACAGGCGGUUGGGUAUCGCCGAGCGACUCAUGCGACUGAGCCAGCGAGCCAUGGCCGAAGUUUUUAAUGCUUCGUAUGUAUCACUUCACGUCCGACAGUCGAACGUUGCCGCUUUGCACCUCUAUCGCGAUACACUUGGCUUCGAGGUCGAGAAGGUCGAGUCGAAGUACUACGCAGAUGGUGAAGAUGCGUAUGCUAUGAAGAUGGAUCUCACUGAUAUGCAAAUAAAAAAUGUGCCUGAAGUAGAUGGCGAAGAUGCAGACGAGGGUGGAGAAGUUGGCAGCAUGGGCAAAAAGGGUGAUGAUGGUAAAGGGGGCAAGGAGAACAAGGAGGGAAAGGAAAAGAUGAUCAAGGUUAAAGUAGGAAGAGGGCUAGGAGUUGGAGAUCUAGUGGAAAGGAAUGAAAGUACAAAGUCGUGA